AAGAAAAAAAUAUAAGAGAGUAAAAGAGGUAACACUAAGCAGAAAAAUAUGAAUAAUAGACGCGCCAGGUAGGGGUCGAACCUACGACCUUCUGCUUAGGAAACAGACGCUCUAUCCACUGAGCUACAGGCGCUUUAUUGUUCGAUGUCAUAUAUUCUACGUCAUCAAUCUUAAACUUGAUUGCAAACAUCAUUAACAUUUUCCCAGACACCUGCUUCAAAGGUGUUUUCUCUACCUUCAAUCUCUCUCUAUCUCCAUCAACGACAAUGGAAAGAAUCUGAUCUUUUUUUUGUCUGCUUCUUCAACAAAAAUACGUCACAGUAAUGUCUCUAUUCUUCUUUCUCUUAUUAUGCUUCUCCAUCUCUCACGCUCUCCCUCCUCCUCGAGGUUUCUUCUUAAAUUGUGGAUCAUCUUCUUCAACAAACCUCAACGACAUAGAUUACACACCGGACGAAGGUUUCAUUUCCGUGGGAAACACGACGACCAUUAAGCAGAAAGACCUCAUUCCGAUCCUCUCCACACUACGUUACUUUCCCGACAAGUCAUCGCGAAAACACUGUUAUAAUUUCCCUGUCGCAAAGACCUCCAAGUACCUUAUUCGUACCACUUACUACUAUGGUAACUUCGAUGGUAAAAACAACCCACCCGUGUUUGAUCAGAUCGUUGGAGGCACAAAAUGGAGCGUUGUGAACACAUCAGAGGAUUACGCCAAGGGUCAGAGUUCUUAUUACGAGAUCAUUGUUGGUGUUCCUGGGAAGAGACUAAGUGUUUGUCUAGCCAAGAAUGCACAUACCCUUUCUUCGUCGCCUUUUAUAUCCGCUUUAGAUGUCCAAUCUCUUAAAGAUACAAUGUAUAAUUCCACGGACCUCGGGUCCUACAAGCUCAGCCUCAUUGCCAGGAAUAGCUUUGGAGGAGAUGGAGAGAUCAUCAGCUAUCCAGAUGACAAAUAUAACCGUCUAUGGCAACCGUUUUUAGACCAAAAGCAUCCGACGGUGACUUCUCGAAGCAGGAUUAACCCGUCAAACUUCUGGAACAUUCCACCACCUGAAGUCUUUGUGGAAGGGUUCACAGCGAGUAAAGGGAAGCCUCUAGAGCUCCAAUGGCCUCCAUUUCCUCUUCUGGCCACAAAGUAUUAUGUAGCUCUGUAUUUUCAGGACAAUCGUAGUCCAGGGCCCAUGAGCUGGAGGGCUUUUGAUGUCUCAGUCAAUAGACUUUCCUUUCUAAGGAAGCUCAAUGUGAGCACUAAUGGGGUUAUGGUUUACUCUGGCCAGUGGCCAUUGUCGGGUCAGACUCAGAUCACAUUGACUCCAGCCAAGGAUGCGCCGGUUGGACCUGUCAUUAACGCCGGAGAAGUGUUUCAAGUUCUUCCUCUUGGUGGAACCACUAAUAUUAAAGAUGCAAUUGCAAUGGAAGAUCUGUUAGAGAGCAUCAAGAAGCCUCCAGUGGAUUGGUCCGGCGACCCAUGCCUCCCUCGUGCUAACUCGUGGACUGGCCUAACUUGCUCCAAAGAAAAAAUCAGCAGAGUGAUUUCUCUAAAUUUGACAAAUCUUGGACUAUCUGGGUCUCUACCACCAAGCAUAAACAAGAUGACUGCCCUUAAAGAUCUAUGGUUGGGGAAGAACAAGCUCACAGGACCGAUCCCAGAUUUGAGUCCAAUGACGAGAUUGGAAACUCUACAUUUAGAGGAUAAUCAGUUCACUGGAGCGAUUCCCGAGUCACUUGCAAAGCUCCCUAAUCUCCGCACACUGUCCCUCAAGAACAACAAGCUUAAUGGUACAAUUCCGAUUGUACUCCUCCAGAGAAAGGGCCUAACUAUUCAGGCGUCUCCUGAGAACAUGCCAAGCACAAAUAAGACCGGCCAAUUUCCGGUUGCUAACAGCUGAUUAGAUUCAAGUGCUCAUUAAUGAUAAAUCAGGGCUUCUGUUUAACUACAGGGUCAUUUUUCAUGGCCUCAAUAACUGAAGUACACAGAUGUCGUGAAGAAAGGUGGUUCGAUGAAGGAAGCAUCGGGGCACUGACAGUUUUACUUUUACGAGGUUCUUCUAGAUGACUAGAAAAUAUGUAAAUUAUUUGUUCAUGUUAUUGAACCACCUUUGCACCCUUAAGAGUAACUUGAACCAAGAGAUAAAGCGCACAAAUUGAAAUG